AUGUGUAGCUUGAGUUUCUGCAGGAUGGAGGUUCAUCACGGGAUCAGGAAUGCGAGACUUCAAGGGGACUACAGUGAUUAUGCACUGACCGAACCUUGUCCUUUGAGGUCUACUGAUGAUCCUUCGGGUCUUUAUCGAGUCUUUUCAGGUCUAAAGACGUUCCAGGGAGAGCUUUGGUCACAUGGACCAACAACAGGGGAAAGCAGGCAAAACGGAGCAAAGGAGCUCGAUCGAGCGCCACAAGAUCGAUCGACCCACAAGAUAGGUUCGAUCGAUCAUACGAGAGGUGAUCGAUCGACCUGCUGCACGCUACGAGCUCGAUCGAUCCCCUGCGUGCUACCCACUCGAUCGAUCCCAUGCAAAGGGAGUAGCUCGAUCGAUCCCAUGCAGAGCGACGAAGCUCGAUCGAUCCCGUUCUGUCUCAGCCGUUCGAUCAAUCCCGGUCAGAUGAUAUCACAGCCGUUCGAUCUACUUGGUGCAAACCGACUUGAUCGAACCACAGCGAACCGGAUUGAACCGAAGUCGACCCCGGAGCUAUUUAGACCUAUCUUUAGCCAUUGUUUAGGCUACGCCGUUUUUCAGAGUUUACACUGUUUUCAUUGUUUCCGAGGGAGAAGAGAUCAAACCUUGUUUUCACAGUUUGGAGAAGAUUUCUGA